AUGGCGGGGGAGGGGGGAAAGGUGAGGAAAGCUAUUUGGCGGCUUCUUGUUAUGGCAAUUCUUUGGAGCUAUAAGAAUGGAAAUCGCUCGGCCAAAAGAGUACUUGUUAAACAACUGGACGCAGAGAUCGGGCAGGUGAUGGAGAUAGGAACUAUACAUGCUGUUGAUUUUUUGUUUAGGGGAGUUCUGGGAGCCAGUGUUGUGCCUGCAAUUCUAGGUGCUAUGGUAGGUGGACUGUUGCUAUUGAUAAUGCUCGGAGGUAGCUGCUUGGUUGCUAAGAUGCUGCUGCUUCCUGUGCAAUUGUUUGGUGUGUAUGGGCUGGAAGUGUUGCAGUGUUGGCUAUCUAUGGUGGCAGUUGUUUGGUUGCUUUGGCCUUGCAGUUUGGAGAUUGCUGAAGAAUGUCUGAUAUUUCCAUUGCAAGUUGCAACUGGAGUUGCAGAGGGGGCCAUCAGGAACACCUACAAGUAUCUCUAUACCCAUGCAUCAAGGUUGAUACCGAGCUCUUUUAUUGAAGAGGAAGAUCUCAGAGACCUCAGUAUGUGA